AAAGAACUAUUUAGAUAUGUGAAAUAUAAUAAAUUAUAUAUGUAUAAAUGUCAGAAAAAGUGAUCUCUGGUGCAACAUAAAAUAUAUUUUUUUUUCAUUUAAUUUUAUUUAAAUGAAAAGUGCAAAAUCUUCACGACAACAGUAUGGCGGUAAUGAGCGCAAGACUGGCAAACGCUCCGAGAAGGGUGCAAAAUUGGACCGAAAGUCAUCACGUGGCAUGAUCUAUGAAAAUGAAGAAUUAAGAUUGCGUACAAUCAACAUAAAUGCUGAGGUUGAACGAGGUCAAUCAGAUAUUAAACGCUUACGUCGUGAAAAUGAGCAAUUACGUAGAGAAAUAUGGACGUUACGUGACGAAUGCGAUCGACUAAACAAACGCUUCAAAGCGAAAUUGAUCGACCAUGAUCACGGUGGUUGUGGAGCACGCGGCAGUGGUGGCAGCGGAGGCUGCACAAGACGCGGCAGUGGUGGAGGAUGUGACGGCAUACAUAGUAAUAGCAACAGUGAAGAUUCAGAUUCGUGUGACACUUGUCGUGCUGAAGACGAUCACUGCAGUGAUGAUUGCUGUGCUAACGGCAGUUGUAAUCAACUAUCGCCAAAAGAACAAGCAAUGGAGGAAGAAUAUACACAAAUUAAUACAACCGAAACCACAGCAAGUAAUGGUGGCAACGCAUCAACUUCAAUGACAAAUAGUGAUAUGCCACAGCUGCAUACAACAUUUGAUCAUUUAUCAGUGGUAUCCGAGGAAACUUUAAGUAAUAGUGAAAUGUUAGCAAACCAGAAUGAAAACUUAUUACGUUACACACCCGAUCUGAAUGGUCCGCCAUCAGCUGUUAGCCUAAUAGGACCAUUAACGCCGUUAACACCCAUCGAACUGGUGGCGAAUCAGCUGAAUGAUUUGCAAGCUGUUGUGCCGCCGCUCUCCUACUUCGAGAAUAUUCUACAACAACACAUGGGUUCGAAUAUAGGUAAUACACCCGAGAGUAAUACAACCACAAGUACAGGCACAACAGUUCGUCACACAAAUGGUUGGGAUUACAAUAUUCAAUCACCAUUUGCACAACGCAGAUUUGCGAAUAAUUCAAGUUCAUCGUCAUCAGCAUCACGUUCACCGUCAAUGCAACAGCCUCAGCAACAACGAUUACACGGGCAACAACUUACAACAUUUGUACCAACCACACUGUCACCACCACUCAUAACUAAUACGGAAGAAUAUACAGAUGAGGUUACACGGCAAACUCAAUCAAAUUUACCACCAUCAGCGACAGCUAUUGAAACAGUAGCGAUUACUACGAAACCCACUAAUGUACCACCAAUACUAAAUAGUCCCAAGCAUUUCUUUGCACCAUUAAAGCCACGUCUUAAAAUCAACACUUCACUGGCUAACAAAAAUGUGCUGACAACAGCAACAACAACAGUACCAUUCCCAGUAGCAGCAACAGUGACAACAGCCACAACAAAUUCUACGUGUAAUGCAGAACACCAAAACUGUGAACCACCUGACAUAUUAGUAGCAAAUGGAUUAGCUUCACCAUAUCAAAGGCAGGUGUUGCAUGCCCUUCCUACAACCACAACAACGAACAUAACACCACCACCAAUACCACAGCGCAUUUAUUCGCCACAAGUAAGUCCACGACAACGUCAGCUAUUGCAACAGCAUUUGCAUCAUCAUCACCAUCAUACACAUCACCAUCAGCAGCAACAAGUACAACAACAACCACAAACCACCGAAGUUGCUUUUGUUGCUGGUUGUGCAUCAAAGCUUACCAUUUAUGAUGGCGAUGAUGGUGUGAAUGCUGGUGCCAACACAUCAACUGCAACAUUAAUUAACACUAAAUACAUGCAACUGCAACAAAAUACGCCACUGCACCUUAAACAACAGCAACAAUUGCUGCAACAACAAAUACAUCAAUUCCAACAAUUUAUACCCGUGCCCGUUUAUGUAGAAAAAUCUAACACUUUAUUAACUAAACUUAAUGAACCGAUAUAUGCCACCGCACAAAAACGUUGCAAUCACUUAAUUUCAGCAGUUGCUGUUAGCAAGCCAUUGAUGACGACCACCACACAGAACAGUAAGCUAAUUUCGCCACUAAUAAACUAUUCCAAAACAGCAGCAACAGUGAUGAGCAAUGCAAAAAAUCCAGUUCAGGUGAGAACCGACUCUAUGGAUUUGGACACAGUGCUGAAUAACAUUAACGCACUCUCUGAAGAUAUACUUGCAAGGCAAUGUGAAAAAAAUAGAUCUCGUGAGAACAUUCUACAAAGCCCAACAACAACAGAAGCAGGUGUACAUAUAUCCCCAACGCCAACUAAUGGAACGUUACGACGGGAAGAUAAAAACAAGAAGCCUUAUAGGUCAGAAAUGAAUCUGAUGCUCACAUACGAUGGCACAAAUUCAACAAUCACGCCAACAACUACAGCAAUCGGUACCCAAACUUCUGUAACACGGCAAAAUACUGUGGGGCAUAUACGUGCCCGUUCACUGGAGCGCGAACAUACAGACAGUCCAUCACCGAAUCUACCAGAUCCAAUGACCCCAUUUCCUGAUAACCGGGCCUACAUCGGGUUUGAACAAUACAACAAUUCCGUUAACACCACCGCAACCGGAAAUACGCCCAAAGUACCUAAGCCGCCUUUGCCACCGAACACAACGACAUCUAGUACAGAUGCAGCAAAACCAGUAACGCCUGUAAAACCGCCGCCACCUAUACCACCUGCACGCAUUAUACCACCAGCAUUAAACUUACGAAACAUAGGAGCAACACGUCUGCCAAUAACGAACUCGCCACUGCAACCUUCCACAGAUCCACAAAUUACGCCACAUGCUUCACCAGUGCAUGGGCUACUGCCGAACAAAAGUCAACUAUAUGCAUCCAUAGCACAUGCAGCGGCAAAACGUGCCCAAUUUCGUUCUGCACCAACUUAUAUGACCAGAUCUUUGGAUCAUGAUUUACCUGCUGAAAAUGAUGAACUACUAUCACCAACCGUUGCUAUAAACGAGACAACGCAAUCUGCUGAAAUGUCCAAAAGAAAACCGAGACGAGUUUCCAUUGUUUGUAAUGAUAGUAACACAGACCCUGGCGUUAGUCAAACACCAACUAAACCUGCAGCACAAACAAUAAACAUAGCUGUCAAUGCAGAAACUGCAACAGGAGUGCCGACAAUUAUUAGUCCAACUGCCGCUAGUUGUAAUGAUUUAACUACCGCUGGCUUAACAGUUCCCAUGAUUAAAAAUCUCAAACAAACUAGUCAAAGCACACCAAACUCGCCACAUUCCUCACGACGUUACACAAAUGGAAGUAGCAUUGUGGAUGCUGCAACCGCAGCUACAGCCGGCGCAUCGAAUGCCACCACAACGAACCAGCACAACCAUCCGCAUCAACAGCAACGCAAAUCUAGCCAAGAUUCUACACGUGAUUUAGCUACUGCGGCUGCAGCGAUUGUCGCACGUAACAAAUGUUCACGACGUCAUUCAGAUGGCACGGUGAACAGCAAUGUGCAACGUCAUAGUGGAGCUAGUGGUCACCAUAGCCAUCAUCAUCACCACCAUCAUCAUCAUCAGCACACUUCAUCUGUGAUCAGCAGUCAUCCACAUCACAGUCAUCACUCAAGGCAAGAUAGCAAUCAUGAUUCAUGCACAUCAAUAUCAGAUCGUAAUUCAAAUAGUUUCCCCUCUUCCCGCGAGUCAUCCACUAGCUUCAGCAUGCGUUCACAGCGCCGCAAGAUUUCAGUUAGUUCACACGCAGGCGGCAAGAUACCGUGGUGUGGUUGUUGGGGCAAUGGUUGCUUGUAAAUUCAAUACACGUAUUCUUAAUUAUGUUAUUUAAUUAAUAGAUUUAAUUAUUUUUAAUUACUAGAUAUUAAAUAAAUUGUACUAGUAGAUUUUUCUGUACAGUGUGUAUCUCAAUUAUGUUAUAGGUUAGUACGA